CAUGCCCAAUACUUCACUCUCUUUUUCCAGUUCAGUCCACCAAGUGAGUACGGUCACAAGACCAAGCUGAUAUUACAAUAAUGCGAUUCCGUCAGAUUUUUCAUUUCUUCCUUCUUGGAAUGUUUGUUGGCUUGUCACUGAGUGGCCUCAUUUACUGGGGAUUCACCUCCAUUUGGUAUGGAAAUCAUCUAACAGGUAACCUGGGUCGGACAGAUGUUGCUUCUGUGACACCAUGGUUAGCCCCAAUUGUAUGGGAGGGAACCUUUGACUCCACAGUGAUUGACUCUAUCUACAAACAACAAAACAUCACCAUUGCGACCACUGUCUUCGCUUUGGGAAAAUAUACACGUUUUCUCAAAGAUUUCCUGGAAUCAGCAGAGGAGCAUUACUUUGUUGGAUUUCGAGUGCAUUACCACCUGUUUACAGAUCGAGCGGAGGAAGUUCCUGAUGUAAAACUAGGUCAAGAACGUUACCUGACAGUAAAGAAGGUUCCGAGUAUGAACAGAUGGCAGGACAUCAGUAUGAGCAGGAUGGAAAUACUGGAGAAACUAAUAGAGAAUGAACUGGCCAGUGAGGCCGACUAUAUUUUCUGCCUUGACGUAGAUACAAGGUUCUAUGGUCGUUGGGGUGUGGAGUCUUUGGGUCGUCUGGUUGGUGUGAUACAUCCUUGGUUCUUUAAUGUUCCAAGGUUCAUAUUCACAUAUGAGCGUAGACCAGAUUCUCAAGCAUACAUUCCAGCUGGAGAGGGUGAUUAUUAUUUUACUGGCGCUGCAUUUGGCGGCUCACUGGAGGAUGUACAUCAUCUCACCAAAACCUGCCGGGAGCAGAUGAACAUUGAUAUUGCAAACACUAUUGAGGCGAUAUGGCACGAGGAGUCUCACUUGAACAAGUAUUUCCUUUAUAACAAACCCAGUAAACUGCUUUCACCUGAAUAUCUGUGGCGGGACAUUAGUAUGAGUUCAGGCCAAGUGAAGAUAAUUCGCCUCUCUCAUGUUGCUAAAAACAAUGCUGAAGUUCGUCCAAACUUGUAGCACUUUUGUUAAAGUUUAUAUCCACAUCAACAUGUUGAGUUUCACGAGAAAAAAAAUUCUUAUUCGUUAGUUUUCGGUCAAACUGGUUUUAACAGCCUUUGCUCUUGAAAAAAAAAAAGUUUGUAGAUUGCAAAUUUGAUUAAAAAACAUGAUUCAAGUGAGUUAUGUUUCCACAGAGACAUCUAACUGAAAGACAUUGUACAGUUUUGAUUAUGGAUCAUGAAUGUCAAAUCCUGUUUUUAGGAUUUCGGUAUCUUCUCUAUCUUUUUCUAGUUAAAAACAAAAUCCGGUUUAAGAUCCUUAAAACAACAUUAAUUUACCUGUGAAGCAAAUGGUAUGAAAAUAAGACCUGUUUCUUGACAUCAAGUAAAAUGUGUUUUCUUUCUGUUUGGAGAAUUUGUUUACUUGUUUUAAGCAUAAAAUUCAUUACAUGUUUUAUGCUUAUUAUGCAUUUACCUCAAAAUACCGAAAACACACAUAAUAAACCUAAACAGUAACACUUGUAAGAAUGUAUUUCUUAAGCCAUAAAUGUAUAAAAAAUGUAGCUGCUACUUAUAUAAUUAUGCUACAUUUGAGAAAACUUUAAACAUAAUAAAACUAAUGAUAAUACAUUAUUCAAAUUAGAUCAAAAACAGUAUUCAAAACAUCCAAUUUACUGAAUAUCCCACAAGCUGUAAUUUUGCCUUUGUCUUAUGCUGUUUCACAUGUGU